CUGAGUUCGUGAGUGCCUCAUCCCCUCAGUUUCUUUAAUGAUAAAAAAUAGUUACAGCCUAUAACGAAAAGGGCAAAUAAACGAAAUAGAUUAGGCACCCCGGAUAUCGCUCGCGUUGUUUUCUCGUCCUCUUUGGGAUGCGUUUUCUGUGUCCCUGAAGUAACAAUCCUGACCGACGACUAAACUUAACUACUUUGCGUCUCUUAUUGGUCUUCUCGGAUCCAAGUAUUUUUAACAGAUUCAGUCCAUUAUUUAUGGGCGAGGAGGUAUAUCAAAAGAGCUUAUGACCAAAAAGUAAACAAGAGCAGAGUGAUAUCACUAAUGGGUGAUUUCAUUGGUCAUCAUGGAUGAAGAAAGUUCAGAUGCAGAGCUGCAUUCCAAGACAGAGAAGGAAGAGGUGGAAAUUAUGGAAGAAGGAAAUGAGUAUUUAAGUGAGGAGAUUUACCCCGAAGUAAAGAAUAAAAAGGAUGCUUUCCUGAAUGCAGUUGAUAAUAUUUAUAUAAAGGAAGAGAGUGAGACAGACAGUCAGAAUGAGUGCCCAUUUUUAGAGGAAAAGAAUUACCUUGAUGUCCAAAUACCAGAUAAGGAAGACAUUUGUACUAGUGAAAUUAAUAGUGUCUAUAUUAAAACUGAAGAUGACACAAACAUCAGUGACACAAGUACAUUUUUUGAUGAAACAAAAAAUAUAGGUGGUAAAAUAAAUGUUAAUGACUUUGAUUUAAAAGUGAAAGAUGAGAAUACUCAUUGCAUUAAUGAUGCAAGUAAGGUCUUUAUUAAGCUUGAAAAUGACAUUGAUAUUAAGGAUGAGUGUUCAUAUGAUGAAGAAACUGAAUGUUUUGAUGACACAGCAACUGAAAGUGAUUUUAUACAUGAUGGUGUGAAGGAAACUACAACUAAAGAUCCAUUGUUAUUAGUACCAUUUGUUAUUGAGGAAUAUAGGAAAAUUCAGUCUACAAAUAGUGAUCAGAUGGUGCAGAGAAGAACAAAGAAUGCAACUGCAAACAAAGUAGUACAAAAGAAAGAUAAGCCAUUUCACUGUGAUGUAUGCAACAAAGAUUUCUCAAGGAAAGAUAAAAUCCAGACACACAUGAAGUUGCACACAAAAGAGAAUCUCUAUACCUGUGAGGUGUGUAACAAGCAGUUUACACUGAAAGAUUCUCUUGCAAAACAUUUCAUAGUUCAUUCUAAUGAGAAACCAUUUAGCUGUGAGAUAUGUAAUAAAGAAUUCUCUAGAAAAGAUACUCUGAAAAAACAUAUCAUACGGCAUUUAAAUGAGAAACCUUUUAGUUGUGAUGUAUGCAGUAAAGACUUUGCAAUGAGAGAUACUCUAGUAAAACAUAUGAGAGUACAUACAAAGGAAAAGCCUUACAGAUGUGAUAUAUGUAGUAAGGAAUUCUCAUAUAGAGAUAGUUUAGUAACACACAGAAGAGUACAUACAAAGGAAAAACCUUAUAGUUGUGAGAUAUGUGGCAAGGAAUUUUCUAGGAAAUAUGGUCACUUGACACAUAUGAGAUUGCAUACUAAAGUGAUGCUUCAUUUUUGUAAUGUAUGUAAAAAGGGUUUCUCAGAAAGAGCUACUCUGGCCAGACAUCAGAAAGUGCAUACAAAGGAGAAGCCAUUUGUCUGUGAAAUUUGUAAUAAUACAUUUACAGAAAAAGGUUCUUUAGUAAUGCAUAUGAGAAUACAUACCAAUGAGAAGCCUUUUACCUGUGAAAUUUGCAAUAAGAGAUUCACAAGGAAUGAUACACUAGUGGGCCAUGUAAGAGUACAUACAAAGGAGAAACCUUUUAGUUGCAAAGUAUGCAAUAAAGCCUUCUCUAUGAAAAGUCAUUUGGUAACACAUAUGAGAAUUCAUACAAAAGGGAAACCUUAUAAAUGUGAAAUAUGUAACAAAGAAUUUUCUGAUAAAGGUCAUUUAGUGAGACACAGAAGGACACACACAAAGGAAAAGCCCUUCGUUUGUGAAGUAUGUGGUAAGAGAUUCGCAAGAAAAGAUGGUUUAAGUCCACAUAUGAGAUUGCACUUAGAGGAUAAACAUUAGACUGGAUAUGUAAAGAUAUCACCUUUUUAUGUAAAUUAUGAUGAGAUACAGAAUGCUUUCAUACAUAUAUAUCUUACUAGCAAUGUGAUAUAUUUUUACAGUAAAAGAAAAUGCUUUAAAAUAUUUAAGAAUUGGAUUUUUUUCUUCUUUUUCUUCUUCUUUUAAGAGUAAUGUUAAGAUUAUUCAUUGGUGUAUGCAUUUAUAUUGUUUACAACUUUGGUAUGCUUUUUUAAUAUCUUUGUAUGUAUUAUAAUUUGGUAAAGUAAGGUAUUAUAUUGUUGUGUAUUUAAUACAGAUAAUCUUUAAAAUUACCUACUAUAACAAUCAGAGUGUGGUGUAGUAUGUAGUAUGAAGACAUAGAUUCUGAUACAGAAUACUGAUAUUUAUAAAUCUCUUCUUUUUAUCUUCAUUUUAUUUUCCUACAAACAGUAAGGGGAAAACAUUUUUUUUAUAUGUUGAACUAAGGUGGCUGAUCAGUUAACAUUUUUAUGGUGCUCUUUGAACAUAAUUUUGUUGAUGAAAAGAAAAAGUACCAGAAUUGUAUGAGGCAUUCUUUUUGCUUGUAAGAUAAUCACAGAAUAUAUUUUGCAAACAUUCAUUUGGUAGCUUUUUAUGUGCUAGAAUUGUUUUUAAAAAAUCCAUAAUUAUGCAACAAUAACAAAAUAUAAUAUGUUCAACAUCUUAAUUAAGUGUGUGUGUGUAUGAUCCAUUCAACCUCAGACCUGCAAAAGCUGUUGCUGUGAUCCACUUUGCUUUGUGGUCUUUUAUCUAAUUGUAGUAACCAUUGCAUACUUCACUCACCUCUCCCUUCCCUUGUCUGGUGCUUCUUUACUAAACCAAUUUUUGAUAUUUUGUUCCUCUUUGGCUUUGAAUUGACAACUCCAGGAAAUAACCCUUAUUUUUACUUCAUUCUUGAAUUAUUUCUUCAU